AUGUAUCAGCGUGAUUGUCCUUUGUUGAAAGAAGGAAACAGUGAAACCACUCCUGCUGUAAAGCAAAUCACAGUUGAAGAAAACAAGAACAACGCGUCUCCUAGCACGCCAAAACCUCUAGUCGUCAAAGACUAUGAUUGGAGUGAAGAAAUUGCUGAAGCAAAGGAGCAAGUCAACAAAGCUCUGAUGGCUAAGAUCUCAAGUGAGUCCUCAUCGAAGCAGUUUGAAAAGCAGACAGUCAGAAUUCCAAAAGGAGACAAUACUGCUGACAAAGGUCUGAGAAGCAUUCUCACCUCCAUGGAGCCUGAGAAUGAAAAGAAGUCCGGAGAAGGAAAGGAGCAUGUGUCUGAAAAGGUGUCUGAUCAAGAGAAAGGCAAGGAAAAGGUCCCAGCUGCAGCUAUGAAAACAGAGUCAUCAAAAGAAAAAGCUGACAAGGACUUGGUAAACAGUAUUCCACUUAGUUUCAAAGAAAAAUUAUGCACACCUGCAUGCGUUGAUGUUGUGGCACAUUACAAGUCUCUAAAUCUAGAAUUUGAGAGACAAAAAGACAAAGCUUUAAAAUUUAACAACGAGCUUAAACAGAAUGAGGCUGCAUAUCAAAGAAAUCAAAAGGCCUUUACUGACAUCAAAAACUGCCAACGACCAACGUUUGUGAAAGACGGGAUUGGGUAUAAGGACAGGCACGGAAAUGAAAGAAAACUCUUCUUUCCACCACAUAGCAAAAAUUAUGUGCCUAUGCCGACUCCUCAUCCCGAAAAUGAUCUCAAAAAUGAAAAGGCCUUUGUUGAACAAAAUGACUUUUGUGAAAAUGAAACAACCGCUAACUGUUCUAAAAGUAAUGCAGAUCCAAUUGUGUGUAAAGAAGAUGUGUGCGAUGAGGAUGGAGACUGCGGCGGUUCAAAAAUAGGAAUCGGAUAUUCAGGCGACAUUGCUUGUGAAUCUCCUGUAUUUGUGCCAGAAUUGAAAAAGAAUAGUUUUGGAAAAUUCCUCACAGAGGAAAUUCCCGAAUUUAUUCCUUCUAGAACUGGUAUGACAGAUUCAGAAAAGAGUGUCACUGAAGAUCAUGGCAAUGAAGACUCAAGCAUCACUGCCUCAGAAGACGAGCAAGGAUCAGAAAGUUCAAGUGAAGAUCAAACAACAAGUGGUGAAAGUCUCGAAUUCCCUAGUGAUGAAACCCAGCAAUCCUCAAGUGAAGAUCAAACCACUAAUGAUGAGAGCUUUAAAUGUUCAAAUGCUGAAACCAUCGAAGACCAAGACUCAGAAAGUUCAAACGAAGAUCAAAGCUACAAUGAGUCAAGUUACGAAGCAAGUGAAGAGCAAAGCUCAAGCGAGGAUAACACGUCUGAAAGUUCAUCCGAUUCAGACAGUGAUGAAGAAUACUCAGAAGAUGAAAGCAGAGUGGACAAGUAG